AGCGUGACUCGGCGUGGCAAAUGGACUGUGUGCAGCGUGGUAAGAUGGACGGCAUUUUGAAGGCUCUGAACCUCAUGGCUGAAGUGCCAUGGGUUAUCAACAAGGAAGUGCUGGAAGUGGUGCUCAAGAUUUGGGAAGAUGGUGGCAACUUCGGCGAUCUCCCUACGCGCACUGACGUUCCGCUGCCGGACCCCGACAGCCCCGAGUUUGCUGACGACCCGGCACUCUACCACAGGAAUGUUCGCAAGAUCGAGCAACUGAACAGGGAGUUCCACUCGCUGCGAUGCGAUACGCUGUACAAGUUGCAGGUCGCUGAGGAGUUCAAGGAUGAACCUGAGCUGUACUACCCGUACAACAUGGACUUCCGUGGACGCGUGUACCCGAUCCCGCCGAACCUGAAUCACCUGGGCUCCGAUCUUUCGCGCAGUUUGCUCAUCUUCCGUGACCGUAAGCCACUUGGUGAGCGCGGUCUGAGAUGGAUGAAGAUCCAUUUGGCCAACGUCUUUGGUGUCGACAAGUGCUCGUUCGAUGAGCGUGUCGAGUUUGCUGACGCGAACCUGGAUAAGGUCGUGGCCUCUGCGAGCAACCCGCUUGGCGAGGGCGAUUGUGCGUGGUGGAAGGGGGCCGACUACCCCUUCUUGGCUCUGGGCGUGUGCUUUGAGCUCAGACGUGCAAUUGAGUCCCCCGACCCGACGAAGUACAUGUCCAACAUCCCCAUUCACCAGGACGGCUCAUGCAAUGGCCUUCAGCACUAUGCUGCUCUAGGUCGUGACUACAGCGGUGGAUCCCAGGUGAACCUGGUGCCAGCGCCGCGUCCGAGCGAUGUGUACAUGGGAGUGGCCACGGAGGUGAUGGCCAAGGUGGAGAACGAUGCCGCGCUGGGUGUGCCAUCGGUUGAAGAGGUGCGCGCAAUGCUUGCUGGUGUGCCAGAUGACGACACUGCUGAGACGAAGGCGCGCAGGAUAAAGCUCCGCACUCUGCUUGACCAGGCGCAGAGGAAGAAGUGCGCCCAGUUCUUGAAUGGUAUCAUUACGCGCAAGGUGGUGAAGCAGACGGUGAUGACGAGCGUGUACGGCGUGACGUACAUCGGCGCGCGUAAGCAGAUCUCGGCGCGUCUGCACGAGACGUUCCUGACCAAGGGCCACAUUAUGGAUGAGAAGCUGGAGGACGAAAUCUACCAUGCUUCUUGCUACUGCGCCGAGUUGACGAUGGGCUCGAUGGGUGACUUGUUCAACUCCGCGCGUGGCAUCAUGGCGUGGCUUGCCAAGUGCGCUGGCAAGGCGGGUUUGAGUGGCCAGCCGAUGUCGUGGAUCACGCCGCUGGGUUUGCCGGUGGUGCAGCCCUACCGCAGCAAGUCCACGAAGCAGGUGCGCACCAAGGUGCAGCACGUGCUCAUGGUGGACAACGAUGGCCAGCCGGUGAGCAUUGGCCGUCAAAAGUCCGCUUUCCCGCCCAACUUCGUCCACUCGCUAGACUCGACACACAUGAUGCUCACAGCGCGUCGCUGCCUCGAGGACGAGAAGAUCUCGUUCGCGGCCGUGCACGACAGUUACUGGACGCACGCGUGCUCCGUGGACAUUAUGAACCGCCGGCUGCGCGAGGAAUUCGUGCACUUGUACGAGCAGCCGCUGCUCGAGGACCUGCUCACGGAGCUGCGUCUGCGCUUCCCCGACAUGGACUUCGAGGACGUGCCGCAGCUGGGCGACCUGGACCUCCGCAGCGUGCUCGACAGUCCCUACUUCUUCAACUAAGUUCUCCUUCUCUUUUCGCAAGGGCUGGCCAAGUAGUAGCUAUUUUAUCACCCCUCGCUCGAUCCGGGGGUUUGUCUAGAGUGUAACAAAGUUCAAUCACAGAGCCGAGCUUGACCUACUACGACGUACUGCUUCUAGAAUUGCUAUGCAGCUGCCUACCGGCCAUGCGAUUGGAAGCUCUUCAAUUUUAUGAAGAGUUCCCUCGUACAUCCCUGCUCGGUGCAAGUCCUGGCAGUGCCAGGACUCCUGCUAGGUUGCGAGAGUGCGGAAACACUUCGAUUGCCGCGCUUAACACGGCUGUGCUGCUCAUCGUUGGCCUUCUUGCUUGAGCGUGGUUGAAGUUGGGGGUAUCGGACUACUACCGAAACCAAGUGGCAUGUUGAAGCUGUCAAUCAGCGUAGUGAAUCCACACAGCACUUGUAAGCGUUGACACUGGUGCGACGGACCUUGUAAGGCAGCAGUGCUUGCAUCAUGGCGUGAACGAGUUGGACGUUGAAGCGCGACUAGAGCUCGCGCACGUUGAAGAGCAGCCGUGUACGCGGCAGCUUCAACCGCUUGAUACCUUCCUAGCUUUUGGACUCAUUCCCCAAUUCUCCACGAGCUACUCGCAUCUCCUCAAGCCUCCACUCUCACCGCCAUGCUGCGCAUCGUGUCUCGCUUCAACCAGCCCGCGCGCCGCGUCGUGCAGACCUCGGCCAAGUCGCUCGCCGGCGCGCACAACAUGCAGUGCCGCUGCGGCAACUGCGUCCAGCACCCCAUGGGCUGCACGUGCCCUCGCUGCCAGUCGCGCUCUUUCUCGGUCAAGUCUCAGUCGCACUACGACAUCCCCAAGACGCAGACGGCCGUGAUCUUCGACAAGCUCAAUGGCCCGCUGCAGGUCCGCAAGGACUGGCCGGUGACGCAGCAGAAGGAACUCAAGCCUGGCGAGGUGCUGGUGCGCUUGGCGUACUCGGGCGUGUGCCACUCGGACCUGCACAUCUGGAAGGGGGACUUCCCUCUCGACCCCAAGCUGCCCUGUGUCGGUGGCCACGAAGGUGCCGGCUACGUCGCUGCCAUCGGCGACCACACGCGCUCGCACCUCAAGAUCGGAGACGCAGUGGGCGUCAAGUGGAUCGCCAACUCGUGUCUCGGCUGCGAGGACUGCCGCAAGGGCUACGAGCACACGUGCACCGAGGUGGACCAGCACGGCUUCACUGUAGACGGCUCGUUCCAGCAGUGGUGCGUCUCGUUCGCCGACCACGUGACUCCGAUCCCUCAAGCUCUGCCCUUGGCGGCUGCUGCUCCCAUUCUGUGUGCCGGUGUGACGGUGUACAAGGCCUUGAAGGAAAUUAACGGGGUUUGCGGCGACUCGGUAGUGAUCCCGGGCGCUGGUGGUGGUCUGGGCCACUACGCUUGCCAGUACGCGCGUGCCAUGGGCUACCGCGUGAUCGCCAUCGACACCGGCGCCGACAAGCACAAGCUCAUCGAGUCGUACGGCAUCAAGGACUUCAUCGACUUCAAGGACGGCAACGUCCGUGACAAGGUGCUGGCUGCCACCGACGGCCGAGGCGCGCACGCGACGGUGGUGGUGGCGUCCAACCCCGAGGCGUAUGACGACGCGCUUUCGUUCGUGCGUCCGCACGGCGCGGUUGUGAUGGUGGGGCUGCCCAAGGACGCCAAAGUCACCGCCGACGUCUUCGGCUCGGUGCUGAACGCGCACCGCAUCAUCGGCUCGUACGUGGGCAACCGCCAGGACUCGAUCGAGGCGCUGAAGGUGGCUGCGGGAGGUGAUGUGUCCACGAACUACUCCAUCGAGAAGCUGGACAAUCUUCCCAGCGUGUUCGAGCGCAUGGAGGCCGGCAAACUGGCCGGCCGAGUCGUGCUCGACUGCGCGUAAGCUAUGACUUUGCUUCACGUCGUCACUGGUACCGGUGAUAUUGUUGUCUGUAUGGUGAAAGCUGAGGAAGUUGAAACAUGAGUGCUUUCAAUGAGCUUCUAGUUGUUGUUUACUUACUGUGUCUAGAAUAGUAUCUGGCUUUUGACCUGCGGAACAGAAUCCUCCGCCCCUCGAGCCCGAGCGUCUUCUCUGAGAGCUGCCCAUUCAUCUAAGCGCUUCAAGUUUAGCGUGGGAGUUUCGUAAACGUACUCGUACCCUGGCGUUUGCAGAGCCCGCUCAAAUUCUCGCCGAGCUUCAUCAAGUUCUCCGCUCCGGAUAAGGCACACGCCGGCAUUGUUGUGGACGUGGCAGCUGUACGGAUGAAGCUCGAGCAACUUGACGUAGUCUUCGCACGCCCGAUCCACCUCAUCCAGCCAAACCAGAAGCUUGAGCCGCUGGAGAGUCGACUUGAGCGUCCCCAUGGGGGUGAAAUAGUAAGCCAAUUCCCAGAUCUGCCGGCAAUCGCCAUCCACGCGCGAGCACCUUCCGUUGGUGACGAGGUAUGUGCCACGCUGGUCUAAGAUCCUCCAGUCCGUUGGAUCCAUCCUAUUCACACAAAGCAAGUGUGUUAGCUCGAUAAAAUACGUCAGAACGAUGCAAUUCAGGAGAUCGCACCGAAGCGAGUAUUCCAAGAGAACAUCCUCAUUUUGCCAGUUCCCCAUCAUUUUUGUCGAGAUGGAGAGCAGCGUACCAACGAGUACAAGACCUGCACCCAUGUAAACGCUUUUCUGGCGUUGAGCGUGACGCCUACCACGCGCCGAUCCUUCGGCUUCCACCACUUUGGCCCCAGUUUUGAAAAACCAGCGUGCCAGCGCUGCCCCUCCGUAAGGCACAGCAACAGUGCUACACAAGUAAGCGUAUCGAUCGCACCCGGCUGAAACCAUCCCAUGCUGGAUAAGCCCCGAAACUGGCAGCACCAUGACGACAAAGUACGCAAGUGCGAGGAGGUGCUGCGGUGCUUGUCGAUGCUGGAACAGCCAGAGAGUGAACAGCGCCAGCGAUGCCAACGCUACCAGCGAAAGCAGGUAGUCUGGAUUGGUCACGCUCAGUUCUCCAGGUCGCAGUUGGUAGUGUGGGCGUAGCUUCGUGGGCCACACGAUCUGGCGUAAAACCCAAAUCGGCGUCGUGAGUGACUUGAUCACGCGCUCGUAAAGUGUCAAGGACAGCACGUCGGCGUCACGGUGCAUUCCCUCGUAAUUCGACACCAGCAUGACAGCGAGGAAUGCAAGGAGAGUAGCGGCCACAGGGGCUUUCCCAGCGAUGUACAGCCAACAUUGUCGUGUGGUGGGCAUGGGUAAAUGAGGCUGCAAAGCCGCAUACACCAGAACGUCGACCAGGAAGAAACCAACCGGCAGGAGGAUGCACGCGCUCUUUGACAGCAGUGCGCUCAGAUAAAAGACUGCAACAAUAGCGAAAUAGUUAGCAAACAACCGUCCGCUAGCUCCGAUCAAAAGCGCCCACUCACCGCAACAGAGCAGGUCACUGCGUCCAUAUCCGCUAAACAUGCUGACGCCCAAUAUUUCGUUUACACUUUCCACGUCUUUCGAAGCUCCACACAACUUCCGAUACAUUUCCUGUACGUACACGUAGAGCGCAAGGUUACUGAAGAGCGCGCACAGCGUGUACGGCUGCGCGGACGGCCACCCGACGACCUCCACGU